AGAUGGUGCACGUUGCGUGCGGUGUGCAAAGCAGUUGCCAGUCCAAAAUAAGAUUCCGAACGUCCGUCGCGGCGGUGGUUACGUCGGUGACGUCGGUGUUGGUCUGCAGUGUACUGAUCUCGGAAGAGGGUGUGAUGCCGCGAUAACGCGGGCAGGCUUCGCUUGCGCAAUGAUGUGUUCUCGCACUCUUCGCGCUCGGCCGCAGUCGCACGUUCUACACGGAGUCCGCUGAGGUAGAACCGGUAGAAUCAAACGGCCGAUUCGUCGGAGCCCCGGAGUGCAGUGCUGCGAUGCCGCUGCGUUUCAGCGGACCGAGGAUUAACGCGUUGUUGAUGAGGCCCGCGAUCGGUGGGCACGCAAUCUUACGCACGCCGUCGAUUCGGUGAACAGAUAUGGGCAAGCAAAACGGCUCGUGCUGGUGGUGCCUCAAGGCCAUCAAGUGGUUGCCAGUGAUCUUUAUCUUAACGAUCGUUGCCUGGUCUUAUUAUGCCUACGUAGUGCAAUUGUGCUACUAUACGAUAGAUAAUUAUGUUCAAAAAGUUUUCUAUCUGCUUUUCUUCCACAUCCUGAUUCUGAUGUUUUUGUGGUCGUAUUGGCAAACAAUGUACACAAAUUUAAUACCCGUGCCAGAUAAGUUUAAAAUACCUGAUGUUGAAAUGGAGAAAUUGCAACAGGCUGAAACUGAAGAAACGCAGAGACAAAUUUUGGAAAGAUUUGCACAAGAUCUUCCAGUUACUAAUCGCACCAUAAAAGGAGCUAUGCGAUUCUGCGAAAAGUGUCAGUUAAUAAAACCUGAUAGAGCACAUCACUGUAGCGUGUGUGGCACUUGUGUCUUAAAAAUGGAUCAUCAUUGUCCAUGGGUGAACAAUUGCGUAGGCUUCCACAAUUAUAAAUUUUUCAUACUGUUUCUGGCAUACGGACUUCUCUAUUGUUUGUUUCUUACCGCUACAUCUUUGCAAUACUUUAUACAAUUUUGGCAAGGUGAACUAGAUGGAAUGGGUAGAUUUCACCUGCUAUUUCUUUUUUUCGUUGCAUUGAUGUUUGCAGUCAGUCUUAUCUCCCUUUUCUUCUAUCAUUGCUAUCUCGUUAUUCAUAAUAGAUCGACGCUAGAGGCCUUUAGAGCACCUAUGUUUCGGACAGGAAAGGAUAAAGAUGGAUUUAGUCUGGGAAAAUACAAUAAUUUUCAGGAAGUAUUCGGUGACAAUCCGCGACUUUGGUUUCUACCCAUAUUUAGUAGUCUGGGAAAUGGUGUCGUCUACCCAGUAAGAUCGCAACACCAGGGCACACCCAAUACUUAUGACUCCAUGGGCAGUACUCAGAACAGCUUUGGAGACGGGGUAAACUUUCCCGAGCGGCUGUGCAAUGAAGAUACUCAUACUCUGUUGGGCCCCAGCACCCAACAGUGGGGUGAUGAAACUGAAUUUGACUCCCCAUCUCCCUAUGUAAAUCAGGUCCACCAUUGAUCAAAUGACAUUGGUACAAGAAGCUACAAUUUUGGCUCUUGGCACUGGCACUGCUGUGAUAGGUCCUUCUGUUGAUGUCGACCAACCACUAAUGGAUGUCUCAGAAUCUGUCUGAAUAACACCGACAAAUCUGUACGCCUUCCCAUAAUUAACUUUAAAGUAAUUUUACUUUAUGGUAAUCCAAACGAUUGUAAUCCAGAAUAUAAAUUUAUAUUUGAUGCUUUCUUAUGUUUUAAUUUUCGGCAUUGUGUGUUUAAGGCUAUUUUAUAUAGGUACUAUUGUUGUAAAGGAAAUUCACACUGAAUUGUUAUUGCAGUCAACGCAAAUAUUUUUAACAUUGCAAUUUAUUCCACAUCUUUGAAUAUUAACUGU